AAUAUCGCAAGCGGUCUCCUUGACAACUGUCCGCCAUUUUUUGUAAUCAACUUUUCGGUGUGUUUACAAAAGUCUCCUCUGCUUUAGGACGUGUUUUGUUGUUUCUUUAUUGAUUUUGAAAAGUGACAGUUGUACAAUUAUGUCUGACCAGGAGGAAGGUUUAGGUAUGGAAGAGGAGGAAACACAGGAAGAAGCUGGAGGAGAAGAAACAGAGGCAGGGGAGCAAGAAGAGGCGGAAAAUGAACAAGAUGAAGACCUCGGUGACGAAGAAGAAAAGGAACUUGGGGAGGAAGAAGAACAGAAAGAAGAAGAAGAGAAAGUCCCAGAAAAUCCACUGACAGAGGAAGCUGUGGCAGAAAGUCUUUCACUGUUGUGUAAAACGGGAGAUGGUUUAGCACAUGCCUAUGUUCGUCUGGAUGUACACGAAAAAGAAUUAACAAAUGUUAGCAUAUUGAAGUCAUUUAUUCACCUUCGUUAUGUGGAUGUGAGCAAAAACAAUUUAAAAGACCUUUCAGCUCUGAGUGCGCUGACACACUUGUUGACAUUGAAAGCGGACUACAAUAUGUUGUCUAGCGUCAAACUAGAGGAAAUGCCAUUUUUACAAGUUGCAAGUUUUAAUUUCAACAAAAUCAACUCGUUAGAAGGAGUUAGUCAUCCGAUGCUUGAAAAUUUAAGUCUCAACAAUAAUGAAAUCACAGAAAUAGCAGGACUCGAUGAAGCAAAAUUGGCUCGCCUCCAUACACUGGAGUUAAGGGGCAACAAGCUAAAAACCACAGGUGGGGUACACCUGCCAAACCUGAAGAACUUGUUUAUGGCUGCCAACACUAUUGACAAGAUUGAUGAUAUGGACUCCCUCCAUAACCUCACAACACUCCACCUUAGGGACAAUCAGCUGGAAAAUCUGGAAGGCUUCACAGACAAACUCCAACUCCUCCAGUACAUCAACCUCAGAGGAAACAACGUCACAUCUGUGAAGGAACAGGUGCCAAAGAUGGCAUGUCUUCCAAUGCUCAGGGCCUUGGUGCUGUUUGAGAAUCCAGCCCACGAGGAGGAUGAGUACCGCCUAGAGGUUCUGAUCGGGCUCAGAAAGCUUGAACGACUGGACAAGGACGAAUACUCUGAGGAGGAGAGGAAUGAGGCAGAGGAAAUUUAUGAACAACGCCUCAAGGAAGACGCAGAACGUGAGGCAAGUGGAGAGGAUCAGCAAAAUGAGGAUUGAUGAGAACUGAAAUGAGGACAACUCGGAUGAAGAAGAUUAAAUCCCAUGUUCAGAUUCCUUUUAUGGACCUAGGAUAUUAGUAUUACUACAAAGACUGAGUUUUUCUACAUCAAGUUAUCAGACAUGGUUGGACAUGGAAAAACCAAAAAAACUGUGUCAGAAGCAUUCAAUUCUUUCUACAAGUGUCUGUGAUAUACCAACAAAACCUUCUUUAAAAAAUGUCAUAUAUCAUGCUGUCACGAAAUAACAAGUGAUUUUUAAACUUUUACCUACAGGAAAGUAUUCCGUGAUAAUGAUUUUGUUAAAUACAAUGUUGACAGGUUUUAUAAUGCUUGACCUGCAAAAUGUUUUGUAUAUAUCAUUGCAAUUAUUUAUGUAAAAUACAAUUCCAUAUUCAUACUUAA